AUGUCUGCGAGCCCGCCUGCCUCCGCCGCAGCGCUCGACGUCGGCGCUGCGGCCGGCGCGCCGUCGUCGUCCGGCGCAUCCGGUGGCCUGGCGCCCGGCGCCGCCAUCUCGCGGCCCACGACGCCCGCGACGAUCCACUCGGCCGCGCAGCGCGGCGACCUGGCGCUCAUCCAGCAUCUCAUCUCCACGGGCCGCGCCACCGCCAACGACCGCGACGAGGAGGGCAUCACGCCGCUGCACUGGGCCGCCAUCAAUGCCCACACGCCCGUCUGCCGCUUCCUCCUCGAGCACGGCGCCGAGGUCGACGCGCUCGGCGGCGACCUCGUCGCCAGUCCGCUGCAGUGGGCCGCGCGCAACGGCCACCUCUACGUCAUGCAUCUCCUCCUCUCCGCCGGCGCAGACCCCACGCUCAGCGAUGCGCAGGGCUUCAACGCGAUGCAUCUCACAGUGCACUCCUCGGCCGUCAUGCCGCUGCUGCUGCUGCUCCAGCACACGGCCUUCUCCACCUUCUCCUCGCUCGACUCGGCAGACUCGCAGGGCCACACGCCACUCAUGUGGGCAGCGUACCAGGGCGACGCCCUCUCGCUCGACUUGCUCCUGGCGCACGGCUCCGACGUGCAUCGCCGCGAUGCGACAGGCCUCACGCCCAUGCACUGGGCCGUGGUCAAGGGCAACCGCCUCUGCAUCCGCAAGCUGGCGGGCACGGGCAGCGACCUCUGGGCGCGCGAGGAGGGCGGCAAGACGCCGCGCGAGAUGGCGGUGGAGCUGAAGAGCCUGGGCGCGUACAAAAAGGCGCUGGCGGAUGUGGGGCUGGAGGAGGACGGCCGGCGCAAGUACCGGCCACUGGCAGAGCGUCCUGCGCGGCAAGCCAUCCUGGUGCUGCCCUUCCUCUCCUUCGGCCUCAUGUUCCUCACGCUGAGCGUGCUGCCUUGGUUCACGGGCGUGCCGCUGGUGGUCGGCGAGUUCUUCGCGAUGCACCACGUCAUCACACGCGUGCUGCUCGACGCACAAGAGGCAGACAGCCUGCAGCGCAGCCCGUACUUCCUCGGCAUCGUCUCGGGCAGCGUGGCAUGGGUCGGCUGGGAAUGGGCUGCCAAGAUCGUGCACGCGACUCCCGGCCACGCCUUUGCGAACCUCACGUUCGCCAUUGCCUUCCUCUCCUGCGCCUGGAAUCUCUUCCGCGCCUCCACGCUCGAGCCAGGCCACGUGCCGCUGCCGCAGAGCGAGGCAGAGCGGAGGUUGGGCGUGCAGCAGCUGGCAGACGAGGGUCGGCUCAACGGGAUGAACUACUGCAUCACCUGCAUGACCCGAAGACCGCUGCGCUCCAAGCACUGUCGCCUGUGCAAGCGCUGCGUCGCACGGCACGAUCACCACUGCCCUUGGGUCGCAUCGUGCAUCGGCGUCAACAAUCACCGGCAAUUCCUCGUCUUCCUCGGCUGCCUCGUCUACGGCAUCGUCUCGUUCCUGUACCUCACAUACCACUACUUUGCGCUCAACGCCACGUACCCUUACGUGCCGCUCAUCAGCGCCUCGUGUCUGCUUACGAGCGACCUCUGCUCGGCGACGGACUACGACAGCUUCCUGUUUGCCGUGGCCAUAUGGGCGGGCCUGCAGCUGAGCUGGACAGUGGUGCUGCUGGGCGCGCAGUCGUGGCAGAUCUCGCGCCAGCUCACGACGCUCGAGGUGGCCAACCUGGGCAGGUAUGGCUUCAUGGGCGGCCGCGGCUCCAGUCUGCGCACCCAGACGGGCUUCAUGGAGAACCGCGCCGCGACGCUGGCGUCCGGCCGCGAGCCAGAGCCCACGGACGAGGAAACGGGCGAUGCACCCAUGCCCGGCCGGCCCGCUGGCGGAGCGCCGCACGCACACGGCCCCGCGGCCAAGCUCAAGGGUGCCGGCGACUGGCUGCUGUCCAUCGUCGGGCUGGAUCUCUACACCAAGGGCAAGGCGGGCGAGGGCCUCAAAAAGGCGACCUCGGCGAGCAAUCCGUUCGACACGGGCCUGGUGAACAAUUGUCGAGACUUCUGGACGCGCGGCCGCGAGCUCGGCAUCGACUACACGACGCUGCUCGACGUGCCGCCGGGAGGCUUUGUGCCGGCACACCAGCGCGCCGGCGGCGACGACGACGAGCGAGGGUCCGGCCGGCGAUGGAGCAUGUGGCGCGGCCUCAGCGGCGCGGCCAGCCGCGGCACCUACCAGCUCGUCGGGCAGCAAGAGCAACGCAACGCCGACAGCAUGGCGUGA